AAAAAAUCGAUUAUAUUUAGGUUUAAUGUAUUGGUUUGUAUAAGAAGUAGAAACAUUAGGAUAUUGAGUAACACUGAAGUACAUCUUUUUAGUUAUGUAACUGAAAUUGAAUGAUAUAUUCCAAUAAUACAUUGAAAGAAAGUUUGCAUGAAAUUGGACAAAGUUACAUGUGGGUCGAUUUUGGCACUGUAUGUACGUUAAAUCGUGCUUUUUGGAACGUAGAGAGAAAUUACUGGAAGAGUGGAAGCAGCAAGUGUAAUAGUGAAUAAAAGUUACUGUAUCGUACGGCAACUCUGAUACUAUAAUUUUCGUUUUUCUAUUGACAUAGUCAAGUUGUUCCAUUAUGUCAGAUUGGGACACUGCUCCUAUUACUCUGCGAAAACGUCCUCCAAAAGCUUCUGUACUCAAAUCGGAACAGGCGGUGAAUGCUGCACGUCGUCAAGGAUUUGUCAUUGAAACACAAGCAAAAUGGGGUGGUGGAACAAACAGGCAGCAUGUAGCAACUAAAAAUACAGCUAAAUUAGACAGAGAAACCGAAGAACUUAAACAUGACAAAAUUCCACUUGAUCUUGGUAAAUUAAUUCAACAGGGACGACAGAAUAAAGGAUUGUCUCAGAAAGAUCUUGCAACGAAAGUAAAUGAAAAGGCACAAGUUAUCAAUGACUAUGAAGCAGGUCGUGGAAUUCCAAAUCAAAUGGUGAUUGGUAAAAUUGAACGAGUAUUGGGAAUAAAAUUACGUGGAAAAGAUCGUGGUAAACCUUUAACAGCACCUGGGGCGAAAAAAUGAAUCUCAGGAAAAAUCACUCUACUUCUUAUCCUUAUAUAUUGUUCCCUAAACAGAACUGCAAAAAAAAUUGUAGGAUUGAGAACAUCAACUAUUUCCACCUCCUUUACCUUUGGUUACUUUAUUAUAUACGUUAAAAUAAAAUACUAUUUUAUUAAAUAUAUUAUUGUGUAUAAUAAAAUAGAUUCUUAUAGUAUGCCUUCAUGUAUAAAAUACAAGAGAUACGUCUUUAUUUAAUUUUGAAAAAGUUAGAAGUACUUAGUUCUAAAAUGGGAAGUUAUUAAACUAUCUUUAUACAAAGUUUUCUUAUAUUUUUUUUUUUUUCUUCGAUAGAUUCAAUUACUCCUGCUAAAAAAUAUUCACGAUUAAUUUUUAAGUUUGAUUAAUGUAGGCUAGAUAUAAAAUAGUAUUAAUGUAAACAGAAAUGGAAGGUUGUCAAUAUGUGUAUGCAUAUAAAUCAUUAAUUUGGUAGCAUUUAUACACAUAUACACUCAAUCUAAUGCAUAAUGUAACAAUAUAAAUCACGGUAGCUGUACAUAAAAGUAAAUUAUUAAAUAAAUAUUAAUUAUACCGGUUA